AUGGGAGAGCUUCAGAUGCCCUAUGACUCACAUACAGAUUUUGAACAACUUAAGACUUCUUCUCAGGCUUCUGAAACAAAAGAAGCUGCAGCUCAUCCAUCCACUUCUCAGUUUGGAGUGGAAAGAGCCUACGGUGACAGUGGGCUGCAUUCUGACAAGAAGCAGCAGGACCAGUUUGCAAUCCACAAACAUGGUUUGUGCCAGGGAGCAGCAAUGGCUGACUGCUGCCCUAAGGGAAGGCGCGAGGGAGCCGGGGUGAAGGCAGGGCAGGGGGAUGGAGGGUCCUUGCUGAGCCGAAGGCAGGGUGCUGAGCGGGCAGUGUGGGUCAGGGUCCAUCCCAGAGGCAUUGGUCAGGAUCAGUCGCAGUCCCACGAUCACCGGAAAUUGCAGUGUGAUGCAAUAUUAAUGGACACAUCCACAUACAUGUUCAACUGGCUUAUAGAAGUGUAUAAUCCCUUUGAAAACAAACCACAGAGGAACAGAGAGCGGACCAGGCGGCUAACCGAAGAUGCGGGACUUCAGGGAAGGCGCAGCCGUGUCCCUUCUCCCCAGGGUCGGGGCUGGGCGUUCUGCAAGCCUGAAAGUUUCACCCGCUUUAGGGCUGGAAGUCGGCAUCAGGGUUUUGAACACCGCUGCGUGCUGCGUCCCCCGGGGAUGCCAGCGGAGGGAACGGCCGGCGGGCUGGAUGCCCGGGAGCGUUUCUUGCUCCCGCCGCAGUUCAACACCUGCACCGUGAGCGGAGACAACGCCCCCGGGCACACGGGUACUGCGGGGCAGGGGGUGUCCGCGGCGGAGACGCCGACUCCCUCCCUCGGGGUAGAAGGGGGCGUUCUCCGCCCCCGCUCUCUGAGCUACAGGGCACCGGGGACCAGGGUCCCGGGCAGGACACACGGCGGGCACCCAGGCACGGCCUCCCGGCGAGGCGCGGAUCCCGCCGGGCUGCGCGGCGCUGUCUCCGCCGGGUGGGUAGCCGCGGGCAACCUGCCCAUGCGGCUGCUCCGCAGGAAGAUCCACAAGCGCAACCUGAAGCUGCGGCAGCGCAACCUGAAGCUGCGGGCGGCCGAGGGGGCAGUGCCUGCGCCGGGCGAGGCGGCAUCGCAGGGCCCCCCGGAGGAGGAGGCGGAGGCGGCCCCCGAGGUAGAGGCGGCGGCGGCCGGAGCGGCCUCGGAGGCCGCAGAUGCUGCCGGCCCCCGCGGCGGGGAGGAGAAGAGGAGGAAGAAGAAGAAGAGGAAAGCGGUGGCGAAUGCGGGUGGCGAUGCACAAGCUAAAAAAGCAAAAAGUGAAGAAGAUGAAUCUGUGGGGGUAGAAGAUGGAGAUGAGCAGGAUUCUGGAGAGAAAGAAGCGGAAGAGGAGGAGGGGGAGGAGGAUGAAGUGCCCUGUUUACCACUAGGUGUAACAGGUGCUUUUGAAGACAAUUCUUUCACUUCCCUGGCUGGUGUUGUCAGUGAGAAUACAUUGAAAGGCAUAAAUGACAUGGGUUUUACGCACAUGACCGAAAUUCAGCAUAAAAGUAUUAAGCCGCUUUUGGAAGGCAGGGAUAUUUUAGCAGCCGCAAAAACAGGCAGUGGCAAAACACUUGCGUUUCUUAUUCCUGCAGUAGAGCUCAUCUACAAGCUAAAAUUCAUGCCUAGAAAUGGAACGGGUGUUAUUAUUCUUUCUCCUACUCGAGAGCUUGCUAUGCAAACCUACGGAGUUCUUAAAGAACUUAUGAAUCAUCAUGUUCACACCUAUGGUCUGAUAAUGGGGGGUAGUAACAGAUCAGCAGAAGCACAGAAACUUGGAAAUGGAAUCAACAUCAUUGUAGCAACACCAGGAAGACUGCUUGAUCAUAUGCAGAACACUCCAGGUUUCAUGUAUAAGAACUUGCAGUGUUUGGUAAUUGAUGAGGCGGAUCGUAUCUUGGAGGUUGGAUUUGAAGAAGAAAUGAAACAGAUCAUAAAACUUCUACCAAAGCGCAGACAGACGAUGCUUUUUUCUGCUACACAAACCAGAAAGGUUGAAGAUCUGGCAAAGAUAUCUCUGAAGAAAGAGCCACUAUAUGUUGGGGUUGAUGAUAACAAGGAGACAGCAACAGUAGAUGGUCUUGAACAGGGGUAUGUAGUGUGUCCAUCAGAAAAAAGAUUCCUUUUGCUCUUCACAUUCCUCAAGAAGAACCGGAAGAAGAAACUAAUGGUAUUUUUUUCUUCAUGUAUGUCAGUGAAGUACCAUUAUGAAUUACUCAACUAUAUUGAUCUGCCUGUUUUGGCCAUUCACGGCAAGCAGAAACAAACCAAACGUACUACAACAUUUUUCCAGUUCUGUAAUGCAGAAUCUGGAAUACUGUUGUGCACUGAUGUAGCUGCCAGAGGAUUGGAUAUUCCUGAAGUUGACUGGAUUGUCCAGUAUGACCCUCCAGAUGAUCCAAAAGAAUAUAUUCAUCGUGUCGGUAGAACUGCCAGAGGCAUAAAUGGUAGAGGACAUGCUCUGCUCAUUUUACGACCAGAAGAACUGGGCUUUCUUCGUUACCUAAAACAAGCCAGGGUACCACUAAGUGAAUUUGAAUUUUCCUGGUCAAAAAUUUCAGACAUCCAGUCUCAGCUGGAAAAACUGAUUGAGAAGAACUACUUCCUUCACAAGUCAGCCCAGGAAGCAUACAAAGCCUACAUUAGAGCUUAUGAUUCCCAUUCUCUGAAGCAGAUCUAUAAUGUCAAUAACUUGGAUCUUCCCAAAGUCAGCCUUUCAUUUGGUUUUAAAAUUCCUCCCUUUGUUGACCUCAAUGUGAACAGCAACCAUGGCAGAAGACUACAGAAAAGAGGUGGAGGUGGGGGAUUUGGUUACCAGAAAUCGAAGAACGUCCACAAAGCUAAAAUCUUCAAACACAUUAGCAAGAAAUCGGACAGUCGGCAGUUUUCUCGUUAAUCAUACAUUCAUUAAAAUGGCUUGUGGCACUGGAAUAGACUACCGUGAUCAAAACCAUCUGGCAGUUACUUCUAAUUUAAACUGCUCUGUUCAUGUUUUUAGGCGUCUUUAUGGUUUUGUUUGUGGGAACAUCUUUUAUCUUUCAGUUCAGGAAGACUCUUUGGAAGGGAGACUAAAGAUAGAAAGGGAGAAUAUGGCCAGCUAAUUUUGCCAUACUUGUUGUAAGGAAGAAGAUAGUUGAAUACAAUUAUCUUAAGUCAAUACUACAGAGUUUUUCAUUAAAGAAAGAAAAAAUACUUUUAGGUUUUAUAGAAGAAUUUGCUUUAUAUGUACCCUUUUUUCUAUGCACACCUCUGAAAAUUGUUGGAAUAUACAAUGCAAGGACAGAUUAUAGUGUGAGAUUAAAAAAAAACUUUGCUGACAUGAAUCAUUGCAAGGGUUUUUAGUGCUACAGAACUCUGCUUGUCCAUCAAAUAUGCUGAAGAAUAUAGGAAGAUUCCUUUAGAACAGAACAUACCUAUGAAUAAUUAAGGUUGUAUGAGCUUGUGAUUAAUUUUAGUCAUGGUAUCUGUAUAACAAGUACAGUGUCCAAGAUUUAAAAAAAAAAAAAAAAAUCUUUUAUAGCACAUCUGGGAUAUGCUUAAUACUGUUUCUUUUAAUGUUGUGAUAAAAUGGCAACAUUCUAGUGAAAUGUUUGGUGUUCCUUCCUGUUCUCUUUAAAUCUGAAUUUAUCCAUCUGGUAAUUUCUAGUGUAUGCUCUUAUGAAUAUGCAAAGAAAAUUAAGAAAAGCAGAUUACAUAAAUUGAAGCACUUGGCCCAGAUAAUUUUUUUUUUUAAAUACUCCAUAACCUUGAUGCAGUGAGAAUUUUUGCAGUUGUAUC